UGACUGAAUUCUUUAAAUAAUACUAUGUUUUGUUUUCAGGGGAUUCGGUAAACAAGGGUUCCAGUGCCAAGUAUGCAGUUUCGUUGUGCAUAAAAGAUGCCACGAGUAUGUCACAUUUAGCUGCCCAGGAGUGGACAAGGGAGCAGAUUCGGACCAUGUGACACUCUCGAGCAACAAAACUCUCAUGUGUCAGAUGUUUACCCGAGUAUUCUGACUAAGCUCUUCCAGAUACAUCCAUUCAGAAGACCCAUAUCAAUUGUUUUAUUAAACCAAAAAAGAUAAAAUUUUUAUAUAAAAAUAAGAAUAAAAAAGGACACAAGAACUCGUCACAAUUUCAAAUCGCAUACGUAUGCAUCGCCAACAUUCUGUGACCAUUGCGGAUCGCUACUCUACGGGGUGAUCCACCAGGGGAUGAAAUGUACAGCAUGUGACAUGAAUGUGCACAAACGAUGCGUUGAAAGUACGCCAAAUUUGUGCGGGUGCGAUCACACUGAGCGACGUGGUCGUAUUCAGCUUAAGGUAAAUUGUGUUGGAAAUAAACUGUCAGUUGAAGUGUGCCAAGGAAGAAAUUUGAUACCAAUGGAUCCUAAUGGAGCUAGCGAUCCCUACGUUAAAAUUAAAUUAAUCCCAGAUAAUGAUAACGUUAAAAAGAAAACUAAGACAAUCCGCGCUAACCUUAAUCCUGUAUGGAAUGAAACUCUAACAUUCGAAUUAAAGCCGGAAGACAAAGAUCGUCGUCUUUUAAUUGAAGUUUGGGAUUGGGAUCGCACUUCUCGAAAUGAUUUUAUGGGAUCUUUAUCUUUUGGCAUAUCCGAAAUAAUUAAAUCAUCCACCGAUGGUUGGUUCAAAUUACUUACACAGGAGGAGGGCGAGUUUUAUAACGUUCCCGUGCCGGAGGAAGGAGUCGAUUUGGCUCAAAUGAAGGCGCAGAUUAGAAAAACGUCAAUAACCAGGAAGCCCACUUUAGCCGAUAAGGAUGUUCCGCAUAAUAUGGGUAAAUUGGAUGUGAUUAGGGCUACCGAUUUUAAUUUCUUGAUGGUGCUCGGGAAGGGAUCUUUCGGAAAGGUGAUGCUGGCGGAGCGAAAGGGAACUGACGAGCUGUACGCUAUUAAAAUAUUAAAGAAAGAUAUUAUAAUUCAAGAUGACGACGUUGAAUGCACGAUGGUGGAGAAACGGGUGUUGGCUUUAUCGAGCAAGCCACCCUUCCUUGUUCAAUUACAUUCCUGUUUUCAGACUAUGGAUAGAUUAUACUUUGUAAUGGAGUACGUCAAUGGCGGGGAUUUGAUGUUUCAAAUUCAACAGUGCGGUAAAUUUAAGGAACCAGUUGCAGUGUUUUACUCAGCAGAAAUCGCUAUCGGAUUAUUUUUCCUGCAUAUGCAGGGAAUCAUCUACAGAGACCUAAAGUUGGACAAUGUUCUGUUAGACCAGGAUGGCCACAUUAAAAUUGCGGAUUUUGGUAUGUGCAAGGAGGAGAUAACCGGCGAUAAGACUACGAAAACCUUUUGCGGAACUCCGGAUUACAUCGCGCCGGAGAUAAUUCUGUAUCAACCGUACGGUAAAUCGGUUGAUUGGUGGGCAUACGGAGUCCUUUUAUACGAGAUGUUGGUCGGGCAACCUCCAUUCGAUGGGGAAGAUGAAGAAGAACUGUUCGCGGCAAUAACAGACCACAACGUGAGCUACCCGAAGGGUUUAUCGAAGGAAGCCAAGGAGAUCUGCAAAGGGUUCCUCACCAAAAAUCCAUCGAAACGUUUGGGUUGCGGAUCGCGCGGCGAGGACGACGUUCGCGGCCAUUCCUUCUUCAGGCGAAUCGAUUGGGAUAAGAUCGAAAAUCGCGAAGUCCAGCCGCCGUUUAAACCCAAAAUUAAACAUCGCAAGGACGUUAGCAAUUUCGAUAAGCAAUUUACGUCAGAGAAAAUAGAACUAACUCCAACCGAUAAAUUAUUCAUGAUGAACUUAGAUCAGACGGAAUUUAUGGGCUUUUCAUUUUUAAAUCCCGAAUUUAUCCAGCAUGUUUAAAUAUAACUACUUAAUUAAUAUAAUUAUCUACUUAAUUGAUUCUUUUAUGUGUAAAACUCGAAUAAUAGUGUAGUUUAUUUAAUUAAACUCUCUUCUAGUCUGGUAAGGAGCCUACCGAUAUUGCACUUUCUCAUUACUGCUAGUUAUAAUUGUAUCAUAGUUUUAAAUAAGCCAUGUUUAAUAAUAAAUCAACUAUUGUGUA